GAUUUGCCUUGCCCCUUUCUGUGCAGACAGUCCUUGUGCCCCGUUCGCCCUGAUCCAAGAGAGAAAGAGAAGGCAGUGGAAAGAGAGAAGGGGUUGGUCCAUGGGAGGGACUACUGGAAAAGGGGAAUUGCAAGAAGGAGGGGGCGGGGAGGCGGCACGGGUGCUGUUUCUCCAGUCUCUUUUCCCUGUCUUUGUCUCACACUCUUUUGUUAGCCAUGCCUAGCCUGCUGGUUCUAGCAGGGAUCAUGGAGAAAAAUGGGGGCUACGGCGGGGAUCUGGCCGGCUCCGGCUUCGGAAGUGAGGGGCUGCUUGUGCCGCCCGACGAGGAAGAAGACGACUCCCGUGCCCUGAGGGUCGCGCUGGGCCAGUUGUCGCUGUUGGGUCUUGGGGAAGCCGAGGACGGCAGCGGGGCUCCCACUACUGGAACACUAGACCGGAGUAACAACAACAAUAACCACCACCACAACAACCACACCAACAGUGUUGGAGGAGGUGGAGAUACUGGGCUUUUGCCAGGGAAGAGCAAGUUAUGUGUCCUGUACGAUGGUUCCUCGACUGAAACGAAAGGACGCGGCUGUAACAUUACCGAAUGUGUCCCUGUGCCCAGUUCUGAACAUGUGGCCGAAAUAGUAGGGAGACAAGGGUGCAAGAUCAAAGCGCUUCGGGCCAAGACCAACACCUACAUCAAGACGCCGGUGCGGGGCGAGGAGCCCGUGUUUCUCAUCACGGGCCGGAAGGAGGACGUGGCGCUCGCUCGGCGGGAGAUCAUUUCGGCGGCGGAACACUUCUCCAUGCUGCGUGCCUCGCGGAACAAGCUGGGCGUGUCCUUCAGCGGCUCGCCCCCCGCCCCCCUGCCGGGGCAGACCACCAUCCAGGUGCGCGUGCCGUACCGCGUGGUGGGGCUGGUGGUCGGGCCCAAGGGCUCCACCAUCAAGCGCAUCCAGCAGCAGACCUGCACCUACAUCGUCACGCCCAGCCGCGACCGCGACCCCGUGUUCGAGAUCACCGGCUCGCCCGGCAACGCCGAGCGCGCCCGCGAGGAGAUCGAGGCGCACAUCGCCUUCCGCACCGGCGGCCUGCACGACCUCAACAACGAGAACGACUGCCUGGGGCCCGAGCUGGCCAACGGGGCCCUGGAGAGCCGGCUGCAGCAGGUGUGGGGUCUGCAGGGCGGCCAGCGCAAACCGCUAACCAGCAGCUACCGCCAGAACUUCCCCGACUCCGUGGUGGGGGGCGGAGACGGAGGGGGCGGAGGCGGGAGCAUCUACGGCAAGGGCGACUUCUCCAACCCCAGCGAAAAGCCCUGCUCUUACUUCGGGUCGGAGGGGACCCAGUGCUGGGGAGACCCCGACUACCCCAAACAGGUGGCCUUCUACGCCCAGCAGCGCUCCAGGAGUUUCGGGGGCCUGCCGCUGCCCCUGAACAGACUGUCCCCGGGGCUGACGGAGCCCUGCGGCGGCCCCGGCUCUUCGGGGCCGGCCCACUCACAGGCCCGCCGCGCCCACAGCGAGCCCAUCUCCGCCAGCUCCGCCUUCCCCGGCCGGCUGCCCCUGGCGGACUCGCCCACCGCGCGCGACUGCAUGACCUGCUUCGAGAGCAAGGUGACCGCCGCCCUGGUGCCCUGCGGCCACAACCUCUUCUGCAUGGAGUGCGCCAUACGAAUAUGUGAGCUCUCCCACCCUGAGUGCCCUGUCUGCCACACCCUGGUCUCGCAGGCCAUCCGAAUAUUCUCCUAAA